AUGAAAGAUAGUGGAAAUAAUAAAAGAAUUUUUCAGAUUUUAUUUAGUGAUCAGAAGUUACAGCGUUUGAAUGUUUCACUUGAGGAAGUAAAAAGAGCUGGUGAAAAUGUUGAUCCAACAAAACGAAUGAAUGCUCUGAGGGAAGAAAUUGAAACGAAUCGUUAUAUGGUUAAUGAGAAAUUACCAAAAGAAAUUGAAUCAAAAAAAGCAAUUGUUGAUAAUUUGAAUAAAGUGAUCGAUGUUGCAGCUGUAGACAAAAACGAUAUCAUUGAAUUACAACAAAAGAUUGAAAAAAUAAAUCAGGAAAUUACGGAUCUGAUAAAUGAACGUGAUCGUAAAGAUGAGAAUACGGAUAAGCUAUCAAUUUAUCGACAUCAAGCAUCAUCGAUUUAUAAGAAAAAAGCAAAAUUGGUUGAAAAUUUGCAAAAAGCGCGUUUGGAAUUGCAAAAUAUCACAAAUCAGGUGGAAACAAAGAAAAAUAGCUCACGUGAAAAAGGUGGCACAGAUUUUAUGAUUACAACCACACAGUUUAAGAAUUACACCAAUAAGUUACGCAGUAAAACAUCAGAUUACAAGCGAAAGAAUAUUGAAAUAAGUGAUUUGAAGAAUGAACAUGCUGUACUAUCACAUACUGUCGAUAUUCUUACAAAUCAAUGGAACAAACUUAUGGGAAAAAUAGAAGAAAAUGGUGGAAGGAUAAUUGAAAGAUAUGAUUUAAAAAAUGAUGAAAAGUUUGAAAGCAUCAAACCGGAAACGGAUGAUAUCAGAAAGUUACGUGAUAUGAUUAGCGAAUUAAAUCAACAGAUUGAUUUAAAAAGGAUAACAAUUGAUGGUUUAAAACAAUCAAAUGCUGAAUUCAAUAAGCAUUUUACUGAUGCUACGGAACGUUUCAAUUUGAAGAAAAGAAAUUAUGAAACAUCUGAAGCAAAUUUUGAAAGUGCUUUUGUGAAAAUUGAAGAGAAUGUCAAAAAUAUGGAAAAUGAAAUGAUUACAAAGAAGCGCAAAAUUUUUCGUGCUAACAUUGAACUUACGAUUAUGAAAACUAUUUGGGAAAAAUUGCAACAAGAAGGAUUAAGAAGGAUGAUUAAUCAAAUAGAGAAAGAAAUUAGUCGUAUCGAUAAAGAAGUGGAAAUUUUGCAACAAUCAAAUCAUGAUAAUGGAUUAUCAAUUGAGGAAGGAAUUGCUCAGGUAGCAAUGUGGCGAUCAUUAAUGAAAAUUUUUCAACUUAAAUUACAAAUAGCAAAAGGUGGGAAUAUGAAUGGAGUGUAG